AUGGGCUCGGCUAACGAUAAACCUGUUUUCCUUGUCGUCACCGGGGCAUGGCAUCCACCCGUCUGCUACGACUCCCUCAAGAACGAGCUCAACCGCCUUGGCUACGAAUGCGCAAUCCCCCAGAUGCCCUCGAUGGGCUACGGAACACAUGGAGUCACCUGGGAGGCCGACAAGGCAAAGGUGUUGGAGACGGCUGAGCCUUACUUUGAUGAAGGUAGAGAGGUGGUCCUCGUCGGCCACUCGUACGGAGGCAUCCCCGCCACGGUCGCCACAGAGGGACAGGGGGUCCAUGAGCGAGCUGAGCGAGGGCUGAAGGGUGGAUUCCGUUCCAUCGUCUUUCUUGCGGCUUUUGCGGUUCCCGUCAAGGGUUGGGAUUUGUUGACGACUUUUGGUGGAGCUUGGCCUGACUGGCAAAACACCCAAGAGGCUUACACGAAGAACAAGCAGUCUACCAUCAAUGAGAAGGGUUUUCAGAUGCUCUAUAACGAUACCACAGAAGAAGAAGCAAGAAAAGUGUACGCAAACUUGCUGCCGCACUCCCAAGACGCGUUCGAGACAGGCAUCGACUUUAUCGCGACCGACAUAACCAUCCCAAAGACCUAUAUAAUCUGCGAGAACGACCUCAUCUUCCCUCUGGCUCUUCAGGAGCAGCUGGUCAAGUUGACGCCUGGUAUGAAGGAGAGGAGGAUAGCGGCUGGCCACAGCCCGUUCCUGGGCAAGUCUCCUGAGACUUGCAAGAUUCUCGUCGAAAUUACCGAGGGCCAGUAA